AGUACUAUUCAUAACGGCGUUGGGAAAUCAAGAAUUUUAUAAACUUGCUAAAUAAGGAAAAUAAAUAACUUCAACGCUUAUAGAUAUAUUCCUACUCCUACGUAAGAGAGCUACCGAAUAAGGAACAUUCGCGGCGUUGCCGAGGAGAAAUAUUGAAAACAAAAUGAGCGUUACGUAAUAUAUGGAGAGGCCUACUAGCACGUUUCUUCUAUUUAUCUUUUUUACGAUAGGCUUGGCCAAGGACGAAGGGCGUAUUAUUCAACAACCAACUUCGUCAAGACUCGACGCCGGAAGUACAGCAACAUUGGACUGCAAAGUAGAAAAUGGUCAAGUUUCCUGGUACAAAAACAACGUUAGAUUACAUGUUGAAUCACGUAAACGUUUCAAAGUCUUCGAAAAUAAUACACUUCAAAUCCGCAAUGUAAGAAGGACUGAUAAUGGAGUUUAUAGAUGUUCAUUGGGUUCUAUUGGAGCACAAGCCAACCUUACAGUCUUCGACAGGCCUCUUCCUCCGAAAAUUGUCUUAUUCUGCAACCAGCAAUACGCUACAGUUGAAUGGAAAACAGAUACUAAAUCCAAUAUAUCUGAGUUUGCCAUAGAAUUUAAUUCAAGUUAUGAACCUGACAUCUGGAUGAAUGUAACAGGAAUAUCGGGAGACAAGACGCGAAAGAGAAUUAGAAUGUCACCCUACGGCAAUUAUUCCUUCCGCGUCAAAGCUAGAAAUCGAAUAGGCUGGUCAAAAUCAUCAAAAGUUGCAGAUAAAUCCUGUCAAACAGAUGCUGAAGUUCCUCGAAAUAAUCCUAGAAGAGUUUGUACAGUAAACGAAAGUCCCGGUACAAUGGUCAUAACUUGGCAGCAUAUUCCUUUAAAUGAACAAAAUGGACCGAAUUUUCGUUAUAUUGUUAGUUGGCGAGAAUCAAACACAUAUCAAAGUCAAAAUAAAAAAGUGAAAGCUUUAAAAAAUCCUAGACUUGUUAUCAAUAUGGUGCCCAUAUUUAGAGAGUACUUGAUAAGCGUUACAAGUACAAAUAUCAGGGGAGAGACAACUCAGAGGAGAAGAGAAUGGAUCGGGUAUAGUGGUGAAAAUACUCCAGAACUAAUACCUAAAGAAUUUUCCUUGGACCCUUCUAAAAGGUUAACAUCUACAAGUGCGAGUUUCCAUUGGAAAGCUGUAGAUCCUAAUUCGUUGGAUAUGAAUGGUUAUUUCACUGGCUAUAAGAUCGAAUUCUGGCCACGCGGAGGCAAGAAACGGAUAUCUCAUAACAUCCUACUUAGAGAUCAUCUUGCUUGCAACCAAACGAAAACGUUUUUUAGCAAAAAUCACGAAACUAAUGGUGAAGUAAUCAAUUUGAGGCCUUUCAUCACCUACACUGCCGUCGUCCGGGUGAUGAACAUGAAAUAUUCAGGUCCUGCAAGUAACAGCGUUAGCUUUACAACUUUGGAAGGAGUGCCCGGAGAAAUCGUUGUAUUCUAUGCCAAAAGGAGAAGUGCUAUGUGGCUACUACUUCAGUGGUAUCCACCAGAAGAACCGAGAGGUGUAAUUAGAGGUUACAUUCUCUCUUAUAAGCAACAAGGCGAAGCUGAUUUUAAUAAGGUAUCUGUGAAAGUAAAAGCGAAUUUUACUCAGUAUAAUAUAACCAAUCUUCGACCUGGAAAAUCAUAUGAUAUUACUUUAAGAGCAUACACAUCGGUUGGUGAAGGGAACAUUAGGAAAAUUAUAGAAAAAACUGUACCCCCUCCUUCCGGUCCAAAAGUAAUUGUACACGCUAUUCCAAACCAAAAUUCUAUAAACGUUUCAUGGAGAUCGAAAAAACCAACUCAUAAGUAUUUUGUAAAAUAUAAAGAAUCCAAGAGCAAUGUGGGAUGGAGAGAAUCCGUUAAAAUUAAUUCUCAAAAUACCAUAAUAAAGAACUUGAAAUCGCCUGCUACUUAUAAAGUUCAAGUAAUAGCCGUUUAUUCUCACGGCAUACAAUCACCCAGUGAUAUAGAAGAAGUUAAGUUGGGUGAUAGCAAUUUCUAUGUCAGUAUAAGGAACGAUCCGUAUAGGCCUAUGAAAAGAUAUUUAGUAGAGGCUAAAGGCUUGAGUGGCGAUAUGAAGAAAUAUUAUAUUCAGUAUAGAACUGAGAAAUCUUUCGAUUGGAAGAGUAUUGGUCCUAUAAACGAUAAGGCUGGAGAAUUUAGUCUCUACAAUUUAAAGCCUCGUGUUAAGUAUUUUAUUCGAGCAAGAGCAGAAAAUCGGAGAAACAGAACGAUAUACUCGAAUCAAACAGAGCUUGUCUUCGGAACAUUAUUAAAAGAGAGCACUUAUUCAUUGAGGAACUCGAACUCAGCGAACUUCCUAACCGCAUCUAUGCUACUAUUAUUAACGGUUGGAAAAAUAGUUGACACGUUUAUAUGUUCAACAUCCCUUCUCUACGGUGCCAAUUUUUAACGAACGGAAGAAAAAAGACUAUGAAUAACUUAGAAUAACAAAAUAAAUAACAAGCAGAACUUUGCUUAUCCGAGAAAAAAGAAAAAAAAAACAACAAAAUCAUAAACUUUAGAGAAGAUUUCUAGUUUGUCAAAUAAUCUUCAAAUAUGGAAAAUUAUCAACAUUUUUUUUAUUCUGAAUGAAAAAAUAUAACUAAAGCAAAAAACUUCCACGAA